AUACCAACCAAUUCUAAUGACUCAGCAAGUUCUCCUUUUCCACAGGCGAAGGCCCCAUGCAUUAUCAUAGUGGAAAUUACGAAUCUCCUUCCACAAACUUAAACUAAUGUAUAUGCAUCCUACUUUCCCACAACUUUCUAAGACCAUCUCUUAUACAUUACCUCGUUCUCAGCCAAAACCAUUGAUUUGUAAUCAGUCUUCUUGUUUCUUCUGGUCUUACUUCAUCCGAUGCUCUCUUAUCUUUCCAAAGCAAUCAAGAGGUCUUGUUCUUGAAGAAGCACAUAGGCAAAGAGUAAUACAAAGUCAACUAAAGACAGAUAAACUCAUUCAGCUCUUGCCGCCUCCCAUGCAUGUAAGAAACUGAGUCCUUUUGUUCUAAUUAUUUAAGGUUCCUCGAACUUUUUACUCGUGACGUUCCACUACUUGUUGAAUUAUGCAAUGGGUUUGACCAAGUUAUUUGAUCAAUAUUUCUUUGAGAUUUUCCUUACUUGAAAACUAGCUCUUGAUUGAAGUUGAUCAGUGGUUUCUUAUUUCAAGAAAUUCAUCUUUGCAACGGCACUUAAUUGAUUUACUUCUUUUUUUUUUCCUCGGUUGAAAGUAUUUAUGGGUUGUGCUUUCCUGCACGUGAGAUCUUCUUCAUAGUUGACUAUGUCGAUGGUUUGGAAUUUGGAGUACUAUAGAUAGAACAAUAAGGGCCUGUAUGUUAUAGCCAUCUUAAUCCAAAAAAAAGGAAAAAAAAUUGUUUUGCUCUUAAAAUUAAAUCUAAACCCAACAUAAAUUCCAUUUAUACAACAUUUUAAAUAACACUUUACACUCUUUUCAACAAACCGAACAACAAUUCCGCGAUGGUGAUAGAAGAUGGUCAGGAAAAAUACUCUCUGUUUCAAUAUAUAUGUCUCCCUAGCAUUUCAUUAAUGUCAAUGAAACAUCAAAAAUGUGUUUGAAAUAUAAAAUUGUCCUUAUUUAUUAAACGUACAAAUAUAGUUUUCAAAAUUCCGAUCCGCAUCUUAAAAUCUUACGAUCUUGCGAUCCGCAAUUAGGAAAUCGAUCUUGAAUCUUAUGAAAUCCUUUUUCGUAGUGGGAUCUUAUGGAAUCCUUCAAAAUCUCAAUCCAGAUCGUAAGAUCCUACGAUCCAACGAUCCUAUUGAUUUUGUCGAUACUUAUACAAGUUGUUGAUUUUGUAUAAAAAGAGGGAGAAAUGAUUAGAAAAAAUAUAAAAGUUAAAAUUUUGAGUUAAUGAUACGUAUGUGAGCCUAGUCUAUUUCUCCUCCAUAAAAUCAAACAAGAAUUGAACUAACAAAUUGAAACUCGCAAUUUCAGAAUUAUUAUAAUAUUUUAAAUAGUUACGAUCCCACUGAUCCAGAAUCCGAUCCGAUCCUGAGACACCAAAAUGAUCCUGUGUGAAAUCCCGAUUUUGAAAACUACAACUCAUCACUAACCAAUACAAUCUUAUUUUUAAGAGUAAUCUACUAAAAUGGUCUUUUACAUUCGCGAAAAUAUUUAUUUUAGUCUAUAACAUUAAUAAUUCACUGGUCUAGUACAUUAUAUUUGCGUUUUCCACCAAUUUGGUCCUUCAUAUUUAAUUUUUAAUUAAUUAUAAAAAAAUAUAAUAUUUUUAAUAUUAUUUUGAUCAAAUUUGCUUUUAUAUUCUUGAAAAAUAAAAAUUAGGCAUUACCGAAAAUAUCCAUGUUGACUUGAUCCAAAAAUGGUGAACUUGAGAACCCCAAAAUGUAAAAGGUCAAGAAAGUAAAAAUGAUCAAAUUAGUGAAAAACACAAAUGUAAUGGAGCGAAUUAAUAAAUUAUUAAUGUAAUAGACCAAAAUAAGUAUUUUGGUCAAAUAUAAGUAACCAUUUGAGCAAAUGACUCUAUUUUAAAUACUACUUCAUCUGUCCAAAAAAAUAGUUCGCAUUGAGUUUUCAAAUUUGUACUAAAAAAUAGUACAAAACUCAAAACUAAAUCGGACUAUUCUUUUGGGAUAGAGGUAGUUUUUCAUUUAUAAUGCAAAGAUAAUAUCGAAAAAUAGGAUUUAAAAAAAUCAAAAAAUAGGAUAAAAGUUGCAUCGAUUUUACAAAACAACAUAUAUUUUUUUAAAAAAUAUUAAAAACCCUAGAAUGACAUAUAUUUAGGAAUAGAGGGAGCAUCAUUUUAUUUGAAAACUAAACAUUCAAUAAUUUAAAUUUUCACUCAAACUACAUUUUAAACUACAUUUCAAAUUUAAAACACAAGCACUAUCGAUACAAGCUUUUCUGACAAAGUUGCUAGAUGUGCAAGACUUUGGCUUCUUGCAUAACUCUCACGAACAAUCUACCAACAACAAUUAUGAAUCAUGAUAGAUGCAUGAAAAUUUUUAUAAGAGAGAGUGAUAAGAAAUAAUCACAUUCAUUUGCUUUAACAUUUCCCAUAUCGGCUUGGGCGAUAAUUUAGAUACGUGACACAUCAUUUUUUGUAAUUUUUAUCGUAAAUUUUCCCUGCAUGUAUUACUACUCUAUAAUUAGUUAUAACACUCUUAUUUGGAUGUCUAUUUCUUAGAAUCAAAACCCACACAUUAAAAAGUUUACAAGAAAAUUUUAGUGGAAUGAAGACGAUUUCUCGUUUCACAUCUACCAGAAAUACUUAUAGGGACAAAAUUUCGAUCUAGGAAAAAAAGUACAGUCUAUCUUCUCUUUCAUUAUCAUUAACCAAACAAGUUACAUCAAAGAAAUUACAUGGCUAACGUUAAAGUGUCUUCGCCAACUUAUAGGCAUUUUCAAUUAGUAGUCUACUUACUUUUAUAAUAUUACUGAAUGGAAUAGUACUCUGGAGGUAAUAAAUAUCUUCAACUAUAUUACUUCAUAUAGAAGGCUAUAUUUUCCUUUCAUAGCUUUAACCAAAUUGAAGUUAUUAGUCUGUAGUUGACAGAAUUGCAAACCCAACAGUUCAACUUCUUGUAGACCCAUUAAACAUGCAUGCAUUUGCCUAAUAAGAGAGUGGUAGAGUAAAACACCUAUGUUCCAUAUUUCAUAAGUUGACUGGAGCUGGAAAUCACUUCCCAGGCUUUUGUGCCUUGUUUAUUUUUUGCUUUGAAGGCUCCAUUAACUCUAAUUUUAUGGUCUUAGUUUUGCAUAUGUUGGAUAUCUCCUGCAAAUGCCUUGCAAAUCUCCAUAUUAUUGUCCCUCUGCAGACUUUAUUUUACGAGUUGUGUAUAUGCAUGAAAUUCUCUCAAUGCACGCUGGUGGGUGUUCUUACGAUUUUGGGAUUUAUUUUCCCACACCUCUUCAUUUCUUGCUAACCAAAUAGCCCACAGCUGAAAAAUGACUCCUGCAUGCAUUUAUUUUUAGGGGCUUUGGUUAGUCAAUCAUCCAACCAUUCGCAUCGACUCAUCGGUAUACCUUGAUUGAAAUCAAAUCCCAAUCCUGAACAUCUCUAUGUCAUUCUAAUUAUACCUUACACAUGAUGUGUUAACGGGAAUUCUUCUUCUUUGUAGCACCAUUAGGGUUGGUAAAGCAUUGUUUGUUGCCCGCCAAAUCAUCUAUUGUAUUUCACUUGGCAAUUUUAUCUCUCCGAAUCUCUUCUAGGAUUUCGUUGUUAGGUGUAUUGUUGAGGAGGUUCUUGGAACAUCAUAUUGAGAGUCCCUUCAGCUAGCAGCUUCAUAAUAACCAUUUUUUAUUGAUAUUCUCCACUUCUUUCUCUCUCCAUGUCUCUGUAUCUUUUUCUUUUUUUGGGUUCCACGUUUUCUGGGAUACAUGUUGCGAGCACAUGGAAGAAAAAAAUCCUAACCAUUGGUUCCCUCCAUCUUAAUUUUUCAUCUAGAAGAUCCCUUACUUUAAAGUUGAGGAUUUUGUGUGCCUUGAAUCCAGUUUUCCCCAAAUUUGAUGGAGUUCUCAUUAGUUACCUCCCAUUUUAGAAUUCCUGUCAGGAGCUCCUUAUCCGAAAUAAUGCUUCUCCAUCUCCAUGAAUCAUUCUUCCAACAUUUGGAUCUUACAAAAACACUACAAUUGACAUAUUUUGCAAUAAAAGUUUAUGCAAAAAGUGAUUCCGGAAAUUUUAGUAUUCGCCAUGCAAGUUUGGCGAGAAGAGUUUGAUUCAUUUCUUUUACUGACCUCAUUCUUAAUCCACCUCCAAAUUUUGAUCUAGGGAGGAGGUUCCAAGCACGCCAAGGAAUUCAUUUUCUCUCCGUCUCGUUUCAAAUAAGCAUUGAAAUGGUAGCACCAAUCUGACUAGUUAUCAAGAGUGGCAACUUAAAUGCACCCAUCAUGUAGAAUAGGAGAGAACAAAGAGUGUUUUACUAAAGUUACAUGCACCAUCAUUGAAAGAGACUUGUUAUACCAUGAAUGUAGUUUCUCUUUUCAUCUUUGGACGUUACUUCAAAAAAAAAAAUGGUCUUUACCUUUACAUGAAAGCCAAAGGAAGCCUGGGUAUUUACCAAUGAACGAGUGAAUUUUUAUCCUUAGCCAGAGAGAUGCCAUAGUCAUGAAAGCUGAUUUAUUAGGACUGAAAAAAAAUUGCCGAUUUCUCAAAAUUUACUACUUGAAUUGAGUCUUUGGCAUAUUGGUUCAAAACUUCCCAAAGGCUCUGAUGCUUGCCUCUGUGCAUUCAAGGAAGAUUAUGUAGUCAUCUGCAUACAUGAGGUGAGACCAUUUCGGGGCUAAGCUUGUAACCUUGAUUUCAAAAUUAAUAAUUUCUACUUCCAACACUUUUAAAGCUAACAAGAAAUGUUGUUGACAUAAAAUAAACAGGUACAGAGAGAAAGGACAACCUUGUCUUAACCCUUUCUUUAGUGUAAACAUGUUAGAAUCUCAGCCAUUAAACUUAAUCAAGUUACCGUGCUCUCACACUUUCAAAAUAGUGCUGCGAUUUUUCUUGGGAAUCCAACUUUUUACAGCGCUAAUUGUAAGAAAGACCAAGAAAUUCUAUCAUAUACAUUACUCAUGUCGAGUUUGAUGGCUGCAAAACCCUUUUUACUGUUGUUCUCUACCGUAUGGUUAGUUUCAUGUGCAAGAAAGAUGUUUUCUCUAAUAUAACAACUUCAGACAAAACCAUUUUGAUUCUUUGAGAUUAAUCCUCUGAGAAUAGAUUAAAUUCGGUUGGCCAACACUUUAGCUAUGAUUUUGUAAAUGGCCAAAAACUUGAUGGUGAGCUGGGAUUUCUCUUCUUUGGAAUUAAAAUUACAUAAGUUUGAUUCCACUCUUCAUACCAUUUUCCAUGGGAUUAAGAUAGCCAAUAUAGUGUCUAACAGAGUCUGAUUACUCAAACCCAAAUAUUUUCUAUAAUCCCUUUAAAAUUCUAUCCAGUCUUGGGGCCUCUGAAGUUGCCAUGUUUUAAUUGCAGCCAAAUUUUCUUGGUAAAAUUUCUAUCAAACUCUCUUCUUUGAGGCUCUAUAACACACUCUUAAAUGAGAUCUUGUAUUUUCAGUCGUCUGCUCUAGAUUUUAUCAUCGUUCGGAUAGUAAUUCUCUUCAACAAAAUCACUUUGAAAUGCUCAAACAUUAUUUCCUGGAGCUGAUUUUGCUCUUGGCACCACUGAACUUAAUGAUUUCUUAAAGUGUUUAUCCUAUUGAUAUUUUUGUUUUGGAUGCCCAAUUAAAGAAGUAACUUGUGUUUUUGUCAUCUAAUUCCGUUUACCUUACCUCUUUCCUUCCAAUAAUCAGCUUGAUAUUCUAAAGACAUUUCUACUUGUCCCUUCAAGUGUUUGGAAGUGUUGCUGAAGAUGCCCUUACCUUGUUGGAGGGUGCUUAGCUUUUUCAACUACUCGUCCACAGUUCUAUCUACUAGCCAAAAAGAUCUCUAACUCCAGUUUGAGUGGUGACUUAGGCUUAUUGUAAGCUGGUUGUAAGUUUAUCACAACCAUUUUUAGGUUCCCCUUGAGUUUCAACACAAAAUUUUGACAAUAAUUCCAACAUUUUCUGCUUUUGUCCAAUUUCUCAAACUUGAAUUUUUUUUCCGUAUUUUCCUACCUUAUAAUCACAUAGAAACAACAAAUUAGGACCAUAAUCAGAGAUGGUUAUAGAUAAGUUUAUUGCCUUUGCUUGUGGGAAAUACUCCAUCCAUUUAAUUUUAAGAUUAUUAUGUCAAGAUCAUACAAUUAGUUAUGUCAAGAUUAUUAUGUCGCGAUCAUUAUGUCAAGAAUAUUAUGUAACGAUUAUUAUAUCAAAAUUAUUUUAUCAAGAAACAUUCAUGCAAGUUCUUCCGCCAGGUUGAUUAUGUCAAGAGAAACUUUUUCAUACUUUCACUUUAAAUUUGUUAAGAUAAUAAAAGAUUUUGAUAGUUUAUAUUGGUAUAGGAACAAUUUUGCUUUAUUUUUUUUUAAAAAUGUUGUCGAACUGAUAUAUUUGGUCAUAUUUUUGUUGAGAUGAAAAUCUAUAGGUAAAAGUUGGUUGGAAGUCAUCCAAUGUGGCCAAUUAAGAUUUUGGCAGCUUUGUAAUACGAACUUUAUCUAUUGUGUUGGAUGGUCUUGGAUAUGACCAUUUUUUGUUUAUUAAAUUUUUGUUAUUAUUUUUUCAUUGAAUUUUCUUUUUUUUUUUCUCUCUAUAUGCUCACUUGCACUUGCAUGUGUGUGAGCUGAAUAUGAUAAUACGGUUCGAAUUAAACCUCACUAAGUAUAAUCUUACCCUUUCCCUUCCCCAUCUACAACAUCUAUUGAAAAAGUCUUUUGAUCGCGGGCUACGUUGGCGAGAAUUCAGAGAACUAGAGUUGGAGUAAUAAUGUAGUUGUAGCUGUUGAAAUAAGCAACUAAAUUUGUAAAAUUCCUCCUUGUUAUUUUGUUAAUCUUUCAUACUUUAGUUAUUUAUCAAAUGAAUAAAAUUGCAUUCUGUGGUGAGAAUUCAGUCGUAAGUUUCUUUAUUAAAUUAUUAUAAGAACCAUAGAUUUUGCUUGAGUCCUUAUGUAAGUUGAUCAGAUGUCCGAUUAAACUUAAAUAGGAUACUGGGUUUAUUUGGGGCGUUCUAGGAGCAUAAAUACCAAUCCAAAUAAAGCUGAACCAGCCAUCAAUGUGAAGACAACCCAAUAUUCAAACACCAAAACAAUAACAACAACAACAACAGUAAUAUUUACCUAAAAACCCCGUUUUUGAAGAAGUAAAAGUCAUGAAAUAGUCUAUCAAAUCCACUAUAAUAAUGAUACAUCCUAGUCCAAGCUCGUUAGGGAAACAAUACACAAUUUAGCAAGUACACCAAGAGUAUUGGUCCUUAAACAAAAUUACAAAGGCACCAGGAAUUCAAUGAAAUAAGAAAAUAUAAAAUACAUCUGCAAAUACAAAAUCAAGUUAUGAUAAUCACAACUUAUAAACUGACUGUUAAAACUCAUCAUCGUCCAUAUUCUAAACUCUAACUCAAGUUAAAAUGUCUUGCCGAUGGCACACGAUUUGGACCUCCAAUCGUCAUCAGAUCAUGAACUAGUCCCAACUAAACCCUUGCUAAAAAUAUCUCCAAAUCUCUAACUCAUUUUAUCACUUUGACUGCCCAUUGACAUUUGAGCCAAGAGAUCCCAAAUAACCAAUAUUUAUGACUAUAUUUAUUGCAAAUGAUACUACCUAAAUGUCCUUUGAUGAUUGAGUCAAAAGACUUCAAAUAACAAUCAAUCCAUGGUUGUAGCCUGUAGCAAAAUUUUACCCCUUGUGCCCUUGGGAACCUUAUUAAUUUUCACUGCCUUGAAAAAAUAUAUUUUUUGUGUCACAUUUUCAAUAUAAUUAAUCUUAAUAGUGACAUUUAACAGUUGUGUUUUGGAAACAAUCAUAAGAAAUAGUAAGGAUAGUCAUUUAUAAUCCCAUGACUAAUUAGAACAAUUUUACACUUUGACAAGGAGCACCAAUAUAAAUUGUAUGAUCAAAUGUUAUUUAAAACCAGAUCGGCUAAUGCUACCAGGUUGAUGCGAAUUUCCAGGAACAUUAUGUAAAACUCAAAUUUAAAUAUUAACCAUCACUGUGAAAACAAACUGGAAUAAACAUUUCAUCGGGAUUUUAAGUUGUUUUCUAAUAAAAUAGGCCUAGAUUGAAACAAUGAAUAAACUUGAGCAUACAACAAUACAGUAAUUUAAUAAAAUAAAAAUACAGAAAACUAUAUAAGCUGAGAAAUAACUUAUAUAGGACCCAAAUUACUAUGAAUAAGAAUGCCGCUACUACACAUUCAUCAACUUAUAUCACAACACUUGAUAAAAACUACUUUUGCGAGAAACUUUGAAGGUAAACUCUCUUUCUCAUAAUGCAUAAUUCAUAUAUAUGAAGGAAAAAAACACAGUAGAAGAAUUUUCAAUUGGUAAAUGGUAAGUGAUAUAGCCAUUUGUCCACAUAAAAUUAUCCAUCGAUUUUACGAUCAUGUUAGUCCAUCUAGCCCUAGACACUCGGUUUUUAGAAUGUUGCCUCGCCUCACUGACAAUAACCAAAGAAGCAAACAUCUAUUCCAUUAGAAAAUAAUACAAAACCUCAUCAGACCACAAAAGGGAAAACAAUUAUAAGAGAGGAAAGAUGUAUAUACAUGAUCUCCAUACAUGAUCCCUUGGAGUUGAAUGCUCUUUAAGAUACAAUAAUUGAAAUCAUGUUCAGAAAAACUAAACUCUAAACAGAAUUAUAUAAUUGCAGAUUUCAGCAAGAUUCUAUCUAAAUACUGACCUAGCCCAAGUUUGGAUAUUGCACGACAACAACAUUUAAGCACAAGUCUUUCUUUCGUAGCUAAAUUCCUUUUUCAAACCUUGCACAGUCGUCGAGCUUUUCCUACCAUUUUGUCAUUGGACAGGGAUGAUGAGGUGAUCACAUAAAAUUUUGACCCAUCACUAGAGCUUUCAAUAUUUACUUCUGCAAAAGCAUUGCUUUAAUGACAAAUGAAAAGAUCAAAUCAGUACAUAUAUUAUAAGUACCAUCUAUCUCUAUUACUAAUACACAAUCGAACAAACUUAUCUUCCAACGUUAACGGCAACCUAAUUUAAAAAUGUCCUUCCUCUCCCGUGUAUUACUAGAAAAUUGAGUAAAACAAUAAAAAAUGUUAUGAUGUCUAAAUUAGCUUAAAGGGAGUGUCUAAAGGUAGAAAAUCAAAUCAAAACAUGAAAAGAUAGGAAAGUAUCAUGUUUAAUCAAAUGUCUGCAGAGCCUAAUCUUUGUUUGUAAAGCAUUUACCUAAAUCACAAAUACAAAAUUGAUAUUCUUGAACCAAUUAAUUCAACUCAGAUUCAAAGAAUUGUGUCACUCAAAUUUUUGAACCAACUAAUACUAUCAAAUUAAUGCGGUCCAACAUCUGCCAAAAGGAUAAACUAAUAUUGCAGUGUUAACAUUCUAACCUUCAUAGUCGAGGUUCCUCCGAGUUCUAUCAAUUGUGCACUGAAACGAGCUCUUGAAGAUGACUGCUUUUGGUAAAUCAGCAUUUCAUGUCUCUCCAUUUGUUGAAUGAAAAAAAAAAUCCUAGAACAAAGUCCCAAUGAAGAAAUGACUAUUAUUAAAUUAGUAAUUGUUAUUGUUAGCAAAUACUUUAUUUUUUGUAAUAAUAUAUCAAAACAACAAAAAGUAAUAAGCCAGAUCAAUUUUAUUUGCCUCCACUGGACAAAAGGCUGCCACCAAAGACAUUUAUUCUAAGUAGAGAUAAAGAUUUCACAUACUAAUUUUUGUGUAACACAUCAUGUAAUACUACUAAAAGAAUUGGUCAUGUUUAAUGUUAUAUAGUUUUCUGAAAUUUAACUAAUUACCAAAACCACCAUUAGAUAAAUCUUAGAAAUAAAGAUAUGCAAAAAGAAUAAAAUAAAAUAAAGAUAUGCCAUAUACAAAAGUGUUAUACGAAAUGUUGUAAGAGAUCUUUUGGCCUAUUUAUACAGUAGGCUCGAAUCAAUGGGAACAUCGGACCUCCUUGGCCAUCAUUUCAAUCACGUUCAUAUUAUACGAGUGUCACUCCAAUAAUUUCUUUUUCAAAUCUUACACCCGCAACUAUAAUCUUGUAAAUUUGUGGUAUUCCCUAUUUGGUUAAUGUUCUUUUUUUGCUUAUCGCAAUUUUGCAGCUACUAUGGAUUGAUUGACAAAUUCCUUGGGAUCUUCUGAUCGUGGAAAGCAUGAUAUGAGUAUCAACAGAUCUCGCCUUAAAACAAUUGCUUCAAAGAAUGUCUAAUCAUGGUAAGGGUGUAAAGAUUCUGGAUGAUCUGAUAGAUGAAAUUGAUCAUAAUGAAGAGGACAAUUGGAUGGAUACCAAUGGUCAAGAAUUUUCGAACUAUUUGUGUGGGAAGACAUUUGAGAAUUCCUUGGGUGUUGUAAAUUCUAUGGAAGGAACUAGCAAGUUAAUUGGCGGUGUUGGUUAUAGUAGUAAUUUGGAGGAAGAAAAACAUGGACAGAGGUAUGUACCGCAAGUGGAUGCUGAAGAGGAUGGAACCGAACCGACUUCAUCAAGUAAGUUUAGUGUUUGGACAUGUCAUUCCUUGUAAUGGAUGGACAUUCAAGUUUAUUGUUUUAUGAAUUCAUUUUUUCACUGUGAUAUGACCUUGAUAAACUAAAGUUUGAUAGACAUAAAUUUUCUGUUACGUCUUUAUGGAUUAAUGGAUCUCCUGUUCUUCUUAUUUUACUUUAACUUGUAAGAUUAUGGUAUGUGAUGUUGCUCCGUAUGUGUAUGAAAGUCUUAAAUUAGUGUUUUCUUUGUUUUUCUUUCGGGUGCUUCUUAGUUACAAGGUCUUUUUUCCCUUUCUUUUUCAAAGUUUUGUGUUGUUACUAAGUACAUUAAUUUUCUUUUACUUGGUUUUCAGUAAGGAGCAUGUUGACAAUAGGUUCCUGGGAAGUCAUUCGGAGAAAUAGCAUGGAGAAUUGUGUUGAGACUGCCUUGAGUGUUGUGAAUAAAAUAGCCUCCCAACUACGGGAAUCGUCUCAAUUUCAAGAUGUUAAAGAUGAUUUAUUGUUGUUGCAAGUGGAGUUGAGACUAUUGAACACAUUUUAUAUGUGUGGAAGGUUGUGGGGAAGAGAUGUGGAGUGUGACUAUAUCUUGCGUCAGCACAUUGAGGAGAUUCUUCAACAAGAUACAUGUCUCACAUUGAGGGCCUACAAUCAUUUGAUAGAAAUAGAUCUUCUCCACAAGGUGAUUUUUGAAUUCCGUGUAUGCAUUCAGCAGGUGUCAUUGAGACAAGAAGUAGAGAAAAUGUACCAAAUUCUCUCGAAUGACUCGACCCAUCUUUGCUCUUGUUUUGAAGAGGAAAUUGAUCCACUAAUGGGAAUCAUUGAUCUCUUUCUGGAUACCAUUCACAGUCUUGUUCAAAACAUCAAUGAUCUAGAUGAUUUUCCACUCCCUUUCACCACCUUCGGAAGUAGCUUUACAUCUCAAAUGUCUACGGCUAAUGUGUUUGAUAAUCUCGAAGAUGCAACCAAGAAAGUUGCAAUAUUCUCUCAUUUUUUACGUCAAAAUACAUAUUCUCCAGAAGAAGUAGUAAACCUUGGCCUUACGCUCUGCUCUCUCACGAUUCAAGAUGGUGCUUCUCCUUUAGGAUGGUCUAACACCAUAAUGGAUAUAGGUGUUAAAGAAUUGGCAAUGUUCUGGGGGCACUUGAUUCUUUUUGCCAUAUGUCGAGGGCUUGGUUUCAGGCAUAUUGAAUCUUUAUUGACACACAUUCGAGGCUUCAUUUUGGAUGUUUCACGUCACAUUUUCAUGUAUUUUCAUGACCAAAAUCCUCAGCAUGUUGCUCAAAUUAUUCAAAGAACCCAGCCACUUGAACCCCGAGCAUGCGAGAUUUAUGUUGGAGUCCUACAAGCUUCAAAGUUAUCACUUCCAAACAAACAUCUAGCUCUAGCAACCACUCAUGGUCCAGAUGCAUCCUGGCGCAUUGUUUUUCCUCUUCUCAAUCUUCUGUGGAGACUAUUAAAUGGCACCAAUUGUUUGUUGGACAUUUUCCAACAUCAUAUGCAGAAAAUCUAUGUGGGGCUUACAUUCAUAAAAGUAAUCAUCACAACGGAGUACCCAGAUCAGUUUUAUGAAAAAAUGCAUGCCCUAAUUGGGCAUGUGAUUUGUGAGGCAGGAAUUAUUAUAAUCCACCUUUGUGGAAGAGGGCAGUGGAGAUCAGUGAAAAAGAUGGAGUCCUUAUUUUUGAAUUUAGAGAAGAAGCUUAACAAGCUUUUUGAGGCAGCGAAAGAAGAAGACACACAGAAAUUACAAUUACCACUAGCACCUAACUUUCCAAAUUUUAUUGAUUCUCUCUUGGAAAAGAUAAAGUCAAUCAAUACAGAUGAUGGUGAUUCAACAAUUUAUUUGGCACAUGAUGAGCUUCAAACUCUCCAUGAAGAUCUUACAUUUUUAAGAUCUACUAUGAUUGUGUUGCCUUCCAUACAAAUUGAGAGGUCCAUAGCUCUACAAACUCACAUCGCUGUUGUUGCCUAUGAGUUAGAAUCUUUCAUCGAUUCUUUUAUGGUUAGAGAUGACUGUCGAAAUUAUACUGAGAGGCUUAAUAGCAUCAUAGUAGAAAUCAAGCUUAUUAUUGCUGAAGCCGAUGGAAUUUUUGAAGAGGUCCCAGAAACAGUUGCGAUCAAGUCCUUGAAAACUUUUCAAAGCCAGCAAAUCAAUGGGGUUGCUGAAACUUCCCGUAAGAUGCCAUCAGCAGGAGAGAUCUCAACAUGGAACGAUGUUAUGGUGGGCUUGGACGAUGAAGUAGCAAAGAUAACUGAUCAGCUUACAAGAGGAACGAAAGAGUUGGACAUUGUUUCGAUUGUGGGCAUGCCUGGAUUAGGCAAGACAACAUUGGCCAAAAGAAUUCAUAGGGAACUCUCUGAAACACGUUACUUUCAUGUUCAUUCCUGGUGUACUUUGUCUCAGGUUUAUAACAAGAGAAGUUUGUUACUUCAGAUUUUAAGUGGACUUGGUAUUGAUGUUGAUGAACUGAAUUCAAAAAAGGAUGAUGAUGAUUUGGCUCUUGAGCUCCGCAGACGUUUGAGUGGAAAUAAGUAUCUCAUCAUCUUGGAUGAUGUUUGGGAUACUGAAGCAUGGAAAGAUUUGAUGGGUUCAUUUCCAAACAAUGUUAAUGGCAGCAGGAUCCUAUUAACAAGUCGGCAUCGUAAUGUGGCUUUGGCAAUCAAACAAGAUAGAGAGCCUCACAAUCUUCGUUUUCUCAAUAGUCAAGAAAGCUGGGAACUCCUGAGUAAGAAGGUAUUUUUCGAAGAAGAAUGUCCUCAAGAACUACUUAAGCUUGGGGAGGCAAUAGCACAUAAUUGCAACGGGUUGCCAUUAGUGAUUGUAAUUGUGGCUGGAGUUCUUCUUUCAAAACUGGAGCUAGAUGCUUGGGAGAAAGUUAGGCAAAGUGUAAAAACAGGUACUCUAUCUCUUGUUGAGAAAUGCAUGCAGACUAUAGAGUUGAGUUAUUCUCAUUUACCACAGUAUUUAAAGCCAUGCUUUCUUUACUUCGUAAGAUUUCAAAGAAACCAGAACGUUCCUGCUUCGGAACUAAUAAGGUUGUUGAUGGCUGAAGGAUUCAUGGAAAGAAAUGGAAAAGACGGCUCAAAAGUUGUUUUGGAGGGGUACAUGAGGGAGUUACUUCAGAGGAAUUUAAUUAUGGUGGGUAAGAAAGGAUCUAGAGGUACUGCCAAAUCUUAUGUUCUUCAUGACUUACUGUAUGAAUUCUGUGUGGCAAAAUGCAAUGAAGAACAUUUUUUGCAUCACAGACACGAGUAUGAGCUUGGUAAUUCUAUUGAUCCAAGCAUAUUGUAUCGAGUGUGUCUUCACCCGAGGAUAGACGGAGAAAUUGUGAAUGUCAAGAUGAAUUAUCCUCGUUUACGUACUCUCUUCUUUGUUGCUGAUCAGAAUCCUUGUAACAGCAUGGGCGGUCACUGUUUACAAAAAGUUCCUGAACAACUGAAGUGGUUAAUGAAUUUUAUCGUACCUGAUCCCGUCUCAUGGACUCCUCAAUGUUGGUAUGAGUGUGUUUGCAAAUUGAAGCAGUCCAAACGUUUAAGAAUUUUGGACCUAAGUGCAUUCUAUAUCGGAACGUUGUUUCCUGUGGUAAUAGAGUCGCUUGUUCACCUGAGGUACUUGGCCUUGAGGAUUGAAAGUUCAGAUCUUGAAGUCCCAUCAUUUAUUGCAAGCCUCCCAAAUUUAGAGACUUUUAUUGUUCAUGGUGACGGACAAGUUCGGCUGCCUGAUACUCUGUGGAACAUGAAAAAUCUAAAACAUCUAUGCUUAAGGGGUCGUUAUGCCUAUUGGGUGUUGCCAAACAGUAAUCCAGGGGAUUGCUCUAGUUUAGAGAAUCUAGAAACUCUUUCCACAAUAAGAGUUUCUUGUGAACAAACCACGAUGCAAGUAAUGCGCAAAUUUCCCAAUGUCCGAAGACUUAAAUGCUGGAUCGACAUGGGAACAAGAGAUGCGGAGUGCCCGAUUCUAGCAUUAGAUUUUUUGAGUCAGCUUGAAUCACUCACCAUAACUCAUAGAAAGGGAUCGGGUGACAUUAGCUUUGAGUUUCCUCGCAAUCUAAAGAAGCUCUCUCUGUCAGGGUUGCACAUGCCUUGGAGUGAAAUUUCAGCAAUUGAUAAGUUACCAAAUUUGGAGGUUCUCAAAUUACAGGAGGAUUCAUUUUCAGGUGAAAGCUGGUACAUGGAAGAAGAGACAUUCCCCAGGCUCAAAUAUCUAAAAUUAGCAGGUUUAGAUUUAGCUUGGUGGACAGACUCAGAAGAUAGUUUGCCUUGUCUCCAGAAUUUGGAGCUAGAAAGAUGCCAUCACUUGGAGGCAUUACCUACCUGCUUAGCUGACAGUUCGACGCUUCAGACAAUUGAAGUAAUUGAUUGCAAGCAUGUUGUUGUUGCAGUGGAGGAAAUUUUAGAACAGCAAAUGGAUUGGGGAAAUGAGAGUAUGAUCAGCAAUAUACAAAUAUCACCCCCGAUUGAUAGGCAAUUCUUUGAGAUGGGUGAGAAGCUAGGAGCAAGGAUGUUCAACUCUUAUCCGGAGCUGGCGUUCAACAUGGACUCGGAGCUGCAGAUAUUUCGUUGGCGAAUACGGUGGGAAUGAAUCCAGACAUGGAGCCAACAGUGUAGUAAAUGAAAUAAUAAAACUAUCUGACUCGAGUUCGAAUUAGUCAAAACAAUGAUCUUGGUUGUUAGUUGUGUAAUAUAUAAAAAAAUAAAAAGAAACAAAAUAGAUAAAUUCCCAUGUUUGAACCAUCGACCACAGUUAAUAUUAUUGUGUUAUUGUUUUUUACUCUUGGUCCUGUAGCCGCGCUGCGUCAACUGACAGUUGUUGCGGAAUUAAUAUUAUACAAAGUGGUUGUAACCAUCAUCAUCAUCUUUGUGACCUUCCUCCUGUCCGAUCAAUUUAGUUGGGACUGCUAAAAGUUAUGGUGACUGCAAGUUUUGUGUAUUCAAGUAUUUUUUCUAUCCUAAAAUAAUUGUCCAAAUCAUAUUUUUGUUUUUAGUACGUACAGUUUGAACUAAAAAUAAAAAUUCAAUGAUUGGG